UACAAACAAAAUAUAUUUUCUAAAUAUAAUAUAUGGCCGCCAAAAAAUUAACCACUAUUAAUUUGGCAGAAUUACUAAAACGAGUACCACCAAAUCAAAUGAAACAAUUUGAGACAUUUCGCAACAAAACAUUAGAGUAUCAUAAAAAAGUACAUCAACAUCCCGACAAAUUACCAACCAUUGAUUGGGAAUACUAUCGCAAUAACGUUCGUGAAGAUCACAUAAAAACGGUAGAACAAUUUCAAAUAAAAUACGAGGAAUUGAGUCAUGUUUUUGCUUCAAGACACGAGGUCUUGGAUUAUGGCAAAUACUAUGUAGAAUUGGAAAAACUAAACAACGAAGUACAAGAGGAGGUAAAGAAAUUUAUUGAGGACUCAGUUAGUCGAGUGCAAAUCUAUCAAGAUGAAAUACGACGUAUUAAGUGUUUGAAAUAUGAAAAUAUGACAUUGGAACAAUUUGUUGAAGAGCGUGAAGAUAUUGCAAAGUUUAUACCGGGACAAGGUAAAGCUUUAUUCUGGCCUCAUAAUGCAGAAGAACAGCUUGGAGAAGGUGGUAGGGAGCAGGUUGCAGAAGAAUAAGAAAUGUGAUCAUCUCCUCAUCAAAACAUAUCGUUCAUCUAAUGCAACAGCAUUAGAACGAAUAAUUUUUACUCUAACGGAAAUUUGACGAAUAUGUUCACCCUUAUUCUACUUGGCGUCGUCGACAUCGUUGUCAAUAUUGAGUCAAAAAAUGGUAGAUGUUACGCCGAUAUCGAAAACAAUUGGUAACUUUUGACAGCGUUUUGUACUUUAACCCGACUUAUAAAAGUAUAAAAUUCUGUCAAAAGUUACCAAUUGUUAUCGAUUUCGGAGAAACACAUACCAUUUUUUGACUCAAUAUUUGCGACGAUGUCGACGACGCCAAAUAGAAUAAGGGUGAAUAUUUUAUAUAAUUUUUAUUGAAAGGCACUGGCAUUGAAAAUCGCUUUAAUCAAAACAAUAUUUAUAAGUUCUGAUUGUCUUGUCUGCGAUAUGAAUUGCCAUUUGCAUAGACUUUAUUAUCCAGCGAUCAUU